CUCUCUCCACCUUUGCUGCCUGCCUCUCGAGCUACAGUCCUUGCGGCGCGCUGUGUCCCCCUCACCCCACCUCCUACGCUCCUCCGUCGUCGUCGUCGUCGUCGUCGUCUACGUUCCUCGCCCUCACACCACUCGCUUCUGCCGAUCUUGGUUUAGCCCCCUCUUCCACCCUCCCUGUCUCACUCUCUGUAUCCAUUCCGUACCUCCUGUUGCUUCAUCUAUCCAAGAUUAAAACUUCGCUGGUAUUAAACACUAGCAUUCGAUCGUUCAUGCACCAGGCAGUCCCUACCUCCAUUGGUUUUGAAAAGUGGUGGAGGUUUAGUUCCUGGUUUUAGGUCGUGCAGGCUCCACUCUGGGCCCCAGAACCUACAAUGUGUCUAGAAUUGUUAAGGCGUUGCAGGGGUAUCUGUUCGUGCAGUCCUCUUUUGAUCCGCACUGUAACGAUAUUAACACAGAUUUGAAUUCCGUUCUGUUGUCGGCCGCUGCAUUCUCCAAUCAGUGCCCCGCUGUGUGCGGAUUGUUCCUGCUGUUGGGAAGUGCCGGACUUGAGGUACAUGUGCCGCGGUUGCCUCUCGCAGCACGGAGUGCAGACCCGGACUUUACUCGUGAGUACCUCGCAGAAGAUAUCGUCUGUAGCUCAUGUCUGUAAGCUACGUCAAUCUAAUCUGGACGAAGCUGGAUUAGUAUGGGUGCAUCUAGUAAAUUCUUCAAGUCCCUCAUUAGCGGGAAACGCGGAGGAGGUGCUAGUGGAGCAGUUUCAGCUGCACCUGUUAUCACGAAAGCACAACCAGAAACGAAAGCAUUGUCCACUACAGCCUCCGAGAAAGGUGUUUCCGAGAGGGCCCCUUCAGAACGGUCUGUUCAGUCUGACAGAGAAGAUAUUGUCAACUCACAGGUCCCUCCGAAGAAACUUCAAGGAGAGAAGUCUAAUGAAAAGAUUCACAAGAGAUGGACGCUUUGGAGACAUGCCUCAGAGAACGACCAAGAGCCGGACCAGGAUGUCAUGUCGACUGGGCCGGUCAUGUCAAGCUACAGCCAGGAGUUCAAGAUGGAGCAGGUGCAGGUGAUGAUUGAUGAGACAGUGGGAACUGAAAGUCCAUCUACCAAUUCGCACUCGAUUGUGGUGGCAGAAUGGGCUGCAAUUCGUAUCCAAACCGCCUUCCGAGGAUUUUUGGCAAGGAGAGCUCUGCGAGCAUUGAAAGGAUUGGUACGCUUGCAAGCUCUGGUGCGGGGCCACACAGUGAGGAGGCAGGCAGCAAUAACCCUGCGAUGCAUGCAAGCUUUAGUAAGGGUCCAAGCUCGCGUCCGUGCCCGUCGAGUCCGCAUGUCUCAGCAAGGUCUCGCAGUGCAGCGCACCAUAAGCCAUCGAAGGCUCAUCGAGGCCCAACUCCGUGAAUCCGAGCUCGGGUGGUGCGCUAGCUCUCGAACUAAGCAAGACCUCCAAGCAAAGCUUCAACAAAAACAGGAGGGACUUAUGAAGCGCGAAAGAGCCCGAGCAUAUGCCAAUAGCCAACAGUGGAGACCAGAAAGUCACGGAGGAUCCUCACAGGUAUACUUCAACAAUGAAGAUGAUAAACCCCAUUGGGGUUGGAGCUGGUUGGAGCGUUGGAUGGCAGCUCGUCCUUGGGAGAACCGCCCUCUGAAAGAUGCCCAGGGUCAGUUGCCCACCAAAGCUGCUGCCGAGAACCAAGAUAACCGGACUUCGCAGAGUGGCAUGGACGACUCACCAACACAUUCACAAGCAUUGCACCUCAGUUUUGAUAACAACAGUAAGCACACAUCCCCCAUUACCUCCACCUUGAUACAGCUCCAGCGGCAGCAACGGAAAAUGUUGAGGGGAUGCAAUGGCCAAGCCGAAUCAGAUGCCUCUUCGCUCCCACGCUCUAAUUCCAACACGCCCUCUCAUAGCGAGAACUUGCAUUUUCCUGCUGUCAGGAGAAGCGGUUACAUGGCAGCAACUAAGUCGGCCCAAGCUAAGGUUCGAGCUCAUAGCAAUCCCAAGCAGCGGGCAUCAGAUGACGAGGUGCAAUCAAAAGUCAAGAAGCGAACUUCGUUACCGAAGCGGGAAUCUCGAGAUUCCUCUCGGAGUGCAAUGGUAAGCGUGAGUCCUAAUGCUUCACAAGCAACUUCCCGAAAACCAUCCAGUCGAGGCGAUAGAUCGCAGAAUAGUGGCGAAAACGGCCCACAACCGUCUCACAAGCCAGCUUCCCGCAGAAGUGAUGCCUCCUCUUCGUUUAUGCCUACAAGAACGUCGACACGGCACUCGCCUGGAGUCUUCAUGUCUGAUUCUUACAAUAUGGAUCGCGACUCGCGCAAAGCAAGUGACAUUCUUUCAUCAGCGUACAAGUCUGGCGGGGGCUCCCAGAAGGCCCCAGGGAAUUUCAUGCACCAGUCUUACAAUCUGGGCAGACCAUCGCGCAGACAUGAAGACUUCACGAUCUCUUCGUACCAUCACGAUAGACCCCGACGGAGUGCUGAGACUCGGCAGUCGAAUCUCGAAUCCUCCACUAAGGAAGAUGACUUUCUCGCUCAUUACAUUACCCAGGAGAGGUCUACUUCUAGAAAGGAUAUUCUGUCGCAGUCACUGAAUUUCGAGAGGACUGUGCCGAAGAAUCCUUCAUUGAAUAGUGCAACUACAGAUAGCAUUCUUCAGCACAACCAUCGCUCUAUACAACAGCCCAGGCCAUUGCGCAGGAGGGGGGAGUUUUCCAGGAACAACAGGCCUUCCACCAGAGCCGGCGAUUUUGUGAACCAAGCUCACCAAUUCAACAGACCUCCUAUGGGUCAAAGCGCAGAUUUCCCCUCUGCUAAUGGAGAUUUUCGGAAGUCUUAGAUAAUCAUUUAUUUGUUAGACCGUAGGUUAGGAAUCUAGGAUUCAUUAUCCUUUCACCCAAAAUCAUUUGGGUGAGUCUGUAAGCAUAUUGGCUUGACUUGGCUAGCGUGAUUGAUACCUCGCAUUGUACAUUUACUUCAACGGUCGUUAUUGGUCACCUUGACACUAGUAAUCAAUCAGAUAUUCUUGGACUUAAACUACAA